UGCCACGUGUAGGCGUGUGAGAGGCAGAGGAGCUGUGUGUUCCUUCUUCGUGUCUCUCUCUCUCUGCACAACGAAUAUGGCGAGCAAGGAUCCGAUUCGCGAGCAACCUCCUCCUCAGGGUAUCGAAAUCAAAGCCACUCAGGAUCAAUUCUUCGAGACAGAAGAGCAUCCCACAAAUGCUAAGGACUGUUUGGGCUUUUAUAGGGGAAUUGCUCCUGGAGUCACUGGAUCUCUAGCCACUGGAGCAACUUACUUUGGUGUUAUUGAGUCCACUAAGAAAUGGAUUGAAGAGUCUCAUCCCAACUUAGGCGGGCACUUGGUACACUUUAUUGCUGGAGCUAUUGAUAAGAUUCAGGUUUUGAGCAAAACCGCACAAGGGAAAAAAGUUACAAGAAUUGCUGAAGGCAUAUGAAGCAGCAUCAAAAGUUGUCAGUUCUGCAGAGCAACAUGCCUAACCCGCUGAGCAAGACGUCUCCUCCUAUAACCCCCACCAAGCGCAGAAUCAGGAUCAUUGCAAUAGCACCGUACUCAAACACCGUCACUAUUCUGAACCCUCCUGUACAAAAUGGAGAACAUCAGUCUUAGAAAAACAGGGUUUGUUACGCUCUUUUAUGUUCCUUUAUAAACUUGUAUGUUUUUGUAAGUACUAGUAUUCACAUGUCUUAGAAACUUGUAUAAAUGAAACUAGUAUUCACAAGUUCUCAAGUUAAUUCUUCCUUCUCAAUUUACUUCUUUCUUGAAAA